UGGUUUAAGUAAACGUACUAUUACAGGGGGAGGAAAGAAUAACUGGCAAGUUCUAUCAGUUAAGAGCCGGAGCUGAGAGGAAAGGUAGUGCAGCUGUUUAUGUAAUGUUACAAAUGAGAUACUGCCUGAAAUCAGUGGAUUGGAACCACAGAACAUAGAUUAUAAUUAUCUCAGUGGAACGUUUUUAUCUAUGACAGCAUGUGCUAUAUUAAUGAAUGGCCAAAAAGGUUUCUGAAAACAUUUAUUCAGCAGUACAGCGAUUAUCAGGUUAAUCUGCUAAUUGACAAUGAAGCGGAGAAGGAUUACCUUUAUGAUGUGCUGCGGAUGUACCACCAAUCUAUGAAUCUCCCAGUGCUCGUGGGUGACCUAAAGCUUGUGAUUAAUGAACCAAGCAGGCUGCCUCUGUUUGAUGCUAUCCGCCCACUUAUUCCAUUAAAACACCAGGUGGAGUAUGAUCAGCUUACACCCAAAAGAUCAAGAAAACUGAAGGAAGUGAGAUUGGAUCGUUUGCAUCCUGAAGGACUUGGAAUAAGUGUGAGAGGUGGAGCAGAAUUCAGCUGUGGCCUCUUUAUCUCCCAGUUAGUUAAAGGAGGACAAGCAGAUAAUGUUGGACUUCAGGUUGGAGAUGAGAUAGUUCGUAUAAAUGGAUAUUCCAUCUCAUCAUGCACACACGAGGAAGUCAUAAACCUCAUUCGCACAAAGAAAAUAGUGUCCAUAAAAGUGAGACAUAUUGGAAUGAUACCGGUCAAAAGUUCAGCAGAUGAACCCCUUAAAUGGCAAUAUGUGGACCAGUUUGUGUCAGAUUCUGGGGAAGGAAAGGGCAGUGUUGCUGGUCUUGCUUCUUCUGGAGGGAGAGACAGUAAAGAGAAGAAAGUCUUCAUUAGCUUGAUUGGUACAAAAGGCAUGGGAUGCAGUAUUUCCAGUGGUCCAACACAAAAACCAGGCAUUUUUGUCAGCAAUGUUAAGCCAGGUUCUCUUUCAGCAGAAGUGGGCUUAGAGGUUGGUGAUCAGAUUGUUGAGGUGAAUGGGGUGGACUUCUCGAAUGUGGAUCAUAAAGAGGCUGUCAGAGUGCUCAGAAGUAGCCGUACUUUGACUAUCUCUGUAGUGGCAGGCGCUGGAAAGGAACUGUUCAUGACUGAAGAGGAGAGGCAGAGAGAAGCACGUCUUCGUGAGCAGGAACGCCAGGAGCUAAUGCAUCAGAAGCGACUUGCACUGGAGACUAACAAAAUCAUCAAAGAGCAGCAAGAGAAAGAGAGAUUAAGAAAAAUGGAGAUUUCCCAGAAGGCUGCAGAGGAAGAAGAGAGAUAUCGCAGAGAAAUUGAGCAGAUAACAGCAGAGGAAGAGAAAUUUAAAAAGGAGUGGGAAGAAGACUGGGGGCCUAAAGAGCCUCCCAAACCUCUAAAAACUGUAACUGCAGAAGUGCACUCUGCCCCUCGUUCUAAACAUAAAGUAGAUUUAAGGGGAGUUGCACAUGACCAACUUGAAACAGAUGACAUGGAUGAAGUGAUCAUGAAGCAGGACAAACAGCAAUUUGCUCCGAGUCCGCCUACCCAACGACAUCCAGGGGUACCAAUAAUUUCUAAACCAGUCAUGCUUCAUCCUGACCCAAACCUUAUGGUCAGGCCAACUAUCAAAUCAGAGGCCUUGGGCUUCCAGAAAUAUUUGGAAGACUUUGAUCCACAUUCAAUGUUUACUCCAGAGCAGAUUGUGGGAAAAGAUGUACGUCUCUUACGCAUUAAAAAGGAAGGAUCAUUAGACCUUGCAGUUGAGGGAGGAAUUGAUUCUCCAAUUGGAAAGAUAGUUGUAUCCGCUAUCUAUGAGGGUGGUGCUGCAGACAAACAUGGAGGCAUAGUAAAAGGGGAUGAAAUACUGGCUGUUAAUGGCAAGAUAAUAAUUGACAGCAGGCUGGCAGAAGCACAAGCAACUCUGGCAAACGCUUGGAACAUGGGUGGGGAUUGGAUUGACUUAGUCAUUGCAGUGUCACCUCCAAAGGAAUAUGAUGAUGAAAUGACUCUUUUUUAAAGAGGGCUACAUUGGAGAAAUUCGGUCUUUUCCCUGCACAAACCUGCUGCUCUGGAAUUUCAUAGAAAAUCAAAACUCACAUGAAAUACAUCAUUAUUUGAAAGAAAUGUGAACAAUUAGAAGCUGCAAAAUGAACUAGAGACUUCAUAUUCCUCAGGUCAUAUGAGUAAUUUGAAAUCAUGCUUCAGACAUACAGCAAAAAAUUGUGUAAAGUCCAUUGAGGAGGGCUGCCAGUGAGCACGGCUUUAUCUGUGAGAAUUCAAAAUACAUAUUUUUCUCUAUUUUUGGAAGACAAACAUUAAAAAUUAUCUCGCAGUUUUCCUGGAAAUAGACACCAAAAUGACAAACAAAGAUAGAAUACAGAUGUCUUUUCCACCAUGCAACGUUUGUGGUUACACAUUCACAGGGUAGUCUGCGUGUGAGAAAGAUUAUGUUUUUACUGUGUACAUAGUGAUUUGCCAUGGGGGAUUGGGAUGUAUACGGGUAAUUUGUGUUCUCACUGAUAUCCUUGUAAUGUACAAGGUUGUAAAUUGUUUUGAUUGGGAAAACCCUGCCUGUGGAAGGGCCUCUAUACUAGUUACACCAGCAGUCCUAGUGUUAUUUGGAAUAAUUUUGGUGAUGCUUAUAUGGUAUAAAAAAUAUUCUCUACUAGCAAACUAAAUAGCAAGCAGGUAGUCCAGAUAACAUCACUGUGUGCAGUCAGUUUUGCUAAUGUGUGUAUGUAUUGGUCCAUAAUGGAUUUAGGAGUGGAAAAUUUGGAUCUGAAUCACAGUCUGUAUUUGUGUACUUUGUUCUCAGUGAAUCUACACACAACUGACUUGUGUAGUCAGCAUAAAAUUUCACUGUUGGUGAUGGUCUUCUGAUUAAGAAAUUGUCUCCAGACCAUAAAAUCUAUAUUAGCCUGACUAUAAGGAAGUCUGAUUACAGUCAUAGACUUAGUCAUUUCUUUAUACUGUCAAAGUGUCUCCUUGCAAAUGCAGUUCUCUCUUUUGUUUCCUUGUAUCUGCCAGUCUAUAUAUGAUUAUUCAUAUUUUGUUUAGAUUUUUCUUACCUGGACUAAUGAGAUCCAAAGUUUACAGUUCUUUGGCUUAACAGUUUUGCACUGAAGUUUUGCUGCUUCAACAUUUGGAAGUCCUCCUUUCUGUAACACAGGAAAAUAACAAUUACAUUCCUGAGAACUCUGUGCUUAUAUGGAGAUAAACAAUUUUGUUGAUUUCAUUUUAUUUGCAGUAUUGUUCCAAUAUGCCAAUUAGUUUGUCUGGCAGGGUACACAUGUUAAACUUUUAAACAUUUUAAUUCUGUAACUCUCACAACUAAUCCAGAAAUAAAAUUGCGUAUGCCAAAUGGAAAAAA